AUGGUUGAUCCUCCCAUCAGAUUUAAGCCUGGUGAUGAUACUCAAGGGUUUUCAGUCACUAACGGUCCAACCAAGGAUGAACCUUGUGCCGGUAAUGCUCAGGGUCCAGUGAAAGCAGAAUUCAAAGCCGGUGAAAUCAUCCCGAUCAAAUGGAAGAUUACCGCUGCUCACCGUGGAACCUGCACCGUUCAACUCUCCACCACUGGUAAAGACACCGAUUUCAAAGAUAUCAAGAAAUUAGACAAAUGUGCCGAUGAAAACGGUGACUUUAGCGAAAAAGUUACAUUACCAAAUGUUAACUGCGAACGUUGCACUUUGAGAUUCAGAUGGGAUGCCGAGGUGACCAAAGAAUUGUACAUAAACUGCGCCGACAUCAAAAUCGGCAAGGGUAAUGAUAAGCGAAACGUUAAGGGAAUUCCAAGCAUUUCAAGGGGUGGUAGAGUCAUUAAUUUGGAUGAAAUAUAA